AACUUGGGUGCCAGGAAUGUUUCUAAAAUUAAGUGGAAUAACCCCAAAGUAACCAAAACUGAAAGACAAUUAAUUAGCUUCGAGAGCAGAUUCACCUAGAUACCAAGAAAUCCUCAAAAUAGUUCUUUUCGUUCAUUUUUGGUAAAUGCGCCAAGUUAUAUUUUUGGCAAUUAUUAUAACAGUAUUUUAUAAAAACCUAAAAAUCAUUUAUAUGUUUGCAUGUUGCAAUCAUGUUUAACAUAUGUAUGUUAAGUCUGUAUAUCUUGAACUUUGCUUUAUUUGAUAACAUUUUUUACGAAGAAAUUUGAGUAUGAUGUUGAUCAAACGGUUUGUGAGCAUCAAAAUGUAUUUAUUUUUUUAACUAAACAGUAAUGCUCACUUCCACCAUUCCUUUUCAUGUUGCAGUUGUGUUCCACAUUUAGCCCAUAUUUGCUAUUGACAUAAUAUUUUUUAGUUGAAGUUAGUAGACUUUGCUUUUUGUACGGAAAGGUAACUUUGCUAAAAGGCUAAUUUCUACCAAAACAAAUCACAAUUGGUAAUGGAAAUCGUGAUGUUGCCUUCUAGUGCGAUUUUUUUUGUUUUAGAAAUAAACUCGCCUUAGCACCACAGUGGCUGCUGUCAGUAUAUUUUUCUCAUCCGUUUUUCUGGAUUCAAUUAAAGGGGGAUAAAUCAAACGAAAAUGUCACAUUGAAACAUUUGGAGAUAAAAUGAAAUUCGUGACUUUCAUGUUAUAAAAGCCCAGCACCGUCCUCGAAAGAUAAGUAUAUAGCCUAUAGCGCCAGCUCACUGAUGUAAGGCGCACAGGGAUUCUGACGUGAUAAACUUUGACUCGUCCCCAAGAAUGACACAAUAUUUAUCAAUCAUAUCUCUGAAUCUCUUAAUCGUAUUAUGGUUCAAAAGGCAUCAAUAAUGCGAGCUAGUCCUUCACUGUACAAACACGAGGCAGUUUACAAUUGCAGUCUGAUUUUACAUCUGCAAUCUGUAUAUUGUGGCAGUGCGUAAUAAUCCCAGCCCGGCCCGUGAACGAACUUUUUAGACCCAGGAACUACCUACAGUGUUGGUUGACUCGGACUCUUUGUCGUUAGAAUGGCAGCCAAAUACUGCAUUUUACCCUUGCUUUGCCUGCUGUUGUCUCAAGCGCUGCAUCAGGCACUCGCGAUAGCGGAAUUUCCCUUCCAGAAUUACUCCUUGCCGUGGGAGGAACGACUUGACGAUCUUAUCUCCCGGUUGGAACUCGAUGAAAUCACCCUGCAGUUGGCCCGCGGUGGAGCGGGCCCCAACGGCCCAACGCCCCCGAUCCCUCGGCUGGGCAUCGGUCCGUACAACUGGAACACGGAGUGCCUGCACGGAGAUUUUGACGCUGGGAGUGCAACUUCGUACCCUCAGGCUAUAGGGCUCGCUGCGACAUUCAGCCGUACUAUUGCUGGAGGCGUUGCUCUAGCAACCAGUGAGGAAGUACGAGCCAAGUACAACAAUUUCACACAGCAUGGCAUUCAUCGUGACCACGGCGGACUGAGCUGCUUCAGCCCUGUUGUGAACAUCAUGAGACAUCCACUCUGGGGAAGGAACCAGGAAACAUACGGGGAGGAUCCAUUCCUGGUGAGUGAGAUGACCACAUAUGCUGUCAAGGGUCUGCAGGAACCUUCAUAUUCCCCCGGAAUCCCAGCGAGAUACAUCCGAACAAGUGCCGGGUGCAAAUUCUUUGGUGUCUACAGCGGACCGGAGGACUACCCUUCAUCUAGAUACACCUUCAAUGCAGGGGUAUCAGAGCGUGAUCUGCAUAUGACAUACCUACCGGCCUUUCGUGAAUGUGUCAAGGCAGGAGCGUACAGCGUUAUGUGCAGUUAUAACAGCAUCAACAGCGUCCCGUCUUGUGUCAACCAGAGAUUCCUCACCGACAUCCUCCGCAACAAGUUUGGUUUCAAGGGUUAUGUAGUCAGUGACUUGAAUGCCUUGGAAUACGUCUUCAAGAAGCAUCACUACACCGAAACCCCACUCCAGACAGCAGUAGCUGGUGUGAAAGCCGGAUGCAACUUGGAGCAGUCUGACUCGGCUGAGAAUGUCUACACCAACCUCACCAAAGCCGUCCAGAUGGGUCUCUUGACGGAAGAUGAGCUUAGGCAGCUGGUCCGGCCGCUGUUCUACACCAGGAUGAGGCUUGGGGAGUUUGACCCACCAGGAAUGAACCCGUACUCUAGGUUUAACGCCUCGGAGAUGGUACAGAGUCUCCAGUACCGGAACCUGGCCCUCGCUGCUGCUGUCAAAUCACUUGUCGUGUUGAAAAAUGAGAACAAUACGCUUCCAGUUCACGGGGUUCAAAAACUAGCGAUGGUUGGCCCAUUCGCCGACUCUCCCCAAGAUCUUUUUGGAAGCUUUGCUCCUCAGACAGACCCAAGAUUCAUAUCCACACCUUGGGAUGGACUGAGAACUCUUGGCAGGGUUCGGCGACUUGCAGCUGGAUGCAACAACCCGGUGUGUGACCAGUACAACAAAACGGCCGUCAUGGAUGCAGUCGUAGGAACUGAUUUGGUGAUAGUUUGUUUAGGCACAGGAACUCAGGUAGAAAAUCAGGGGCUGGACAGGCAUAACAUGUCCCUACCUGGAUACCAGCUGGAACUUCUGCAGAAUGCUGUGAAAUAUGCUGUAGGAAAACCUUUGAUUCUGCUUCUCUUCAACGCCGGUCCGCUGGACAUUGUUUGGGCUGACCAGAGCCCAGGAGUCCAUGCGAUCGUAGAGUGCUUCUUCCCUGCUCAGGCAACUGGUGGGGCGCUGAGGAAACUCUUCAUCAACGCCGAUCCAGGAAUGCCGGCAGGGAGGCUACCAUUCACCUGGCCAGCAUCGCUUGAUCAGGUGCCUCCUAUGUCAAACUACAACAUGACCGACCGGACCUACCGCUAUUUCACCGGCGACCCGCUCUACCCAUUCGGUUACGGCCUGUCGUUCACCCAGUUUAAUUACACCAACUUGACUUUGGCACAGACAACCAUCAACCCCUGUGAUGACCUGACGGUACUUGUCACCAUGAUCAAUACUGGGAAAUAUCCCGGAUACGAGGUAGUGCAAGUCUACAUUCGGUGGCACAACGCAACCGUUCCCACGCCGAACAUCCAGCUUGCUGCUUUUGACCGCUUCAAAGCCACCGUGAAUAAUACAGUGACGUUCUUUCUGAAAAUGCCGGCCCGCGUGAGGGCGGUGUUCACCACUGAAAUGGUUCUAGAGCCUGGGAUGUUUACUGUGUUCGCCGGCGGUCAGCAGCCUGGUCAGAAACGACAAGUUGGCUCCAACGUGCUCAACACAACAUUAACAGUCAAAGGCCCUGUCACUCCUCUUUCAAGUUGUCCAUAAUGAAACUUUUUUUCCCUUCAAAAGCCUAUCAUUUUGUCUCUGGGAUGUUCAAUCGCAAAUAUGGUUGGAAACGUGCAUUUAUUAAGUAAACUAAACUUAACUUGUAUACAAAAGCAGAUUGUAAAUGCACUUAAAAUUUCAAUAAUAUAAGUGUAAAGGAAAAACAAAGAAAGAUUAAUUUAUAUUUUACGCCUAAUGUUUUGAUUGCAUAUAAAAGGAAUAUACUCAAUCAUGGUAUUGACAUUACUUGUGUUGCAUUGAUCUCAAGUUGCAUAACCCUUAAUUGAAAUUAUGCAAGAACGUUUCAAGUGAGUGCUGAAGUUAAAAAAAAAAUAAUACAUCCAUAUUAAUGUUAAUAUGUUGUGUUAUAGUAAUAAAUAUUAUUUCGCUGUGCAUGACGUCUAAAAAUACUAGUCCUCAUUGUUAUCCUAAAGCACAUGACUAAUGAUUUUCUUUUUAUUAAAACAACCUGUGAGUGUUGUUCCCAAGUUCCAACAUAUUCAACAGCUUCUUUUUGUUAUUUUCACAUGUAAUGCUGGUCCAAAUUGAGUUAAUACAAAAUUGGUUGACAUAGAAAUGUAUGAACCUAUUGUCAUUGCCAUAUCUGUCACAGAUGCAUCAAAGUGUAGCUAAAUAUUGCUCAAACGUUGGUGUCUGGUUUUACAAAUACUGGAACAGCUCAAGUUGGUAUAUACGUGCUUCAUCAAAAUUUCGAUUUUCAUUUCCGAACGAAAUGUAAAGGAGUCAGGU